AUGCAUAUAGUUCCCCAAAGAGAAAUUUGUCAAGAUUAUGUACGUGGUGUAUGUCAUCGCGGAACAUCAUGCCGUUAUGAACAUAUUAUAAAGAAAUUUAUAGUUUGCAAACAUUGGUUACGUGGUUUAUGUAUGAAAGGUGAUGAACAAUGCGAAUAUUUACACGAAUAUAAAUUAUCAAGAAUGCCAAAGUGUAUUUAUUUUAAUUUGUUUGGAGUUUGUCAAAAUGCAAAUUGCAUUUAUUCUCAUAUUGAGAAAGGUCAUGAAAUUUGCGGUGAUUAUGAAUGUGGAUUUUGCAAACACGGUCCCGAUUGCCUUAAAAAACAUGUAAAAAAAGUCUUAUGUGAAUCUUACUUGAUGGGAUUUUGUCUAAAAGGACCAAAAUGUUCUGAUGGACAUCCGAAAAUUGAUUUACGAAAAUUAAAAAAUCUGUUAACUGAUACAAAGAUCGGGAAAAGACAACAAAAUUGUUUAUAUCAGUAUCAACAACAACAAAAUUCGUAUCAACGACGUAAAUUUUUUCCAUAUAUAAAAAAUCACGAUGCUACUUGUUUUAAAGUACGUAUCGGUUAA